UGUCAGAGUGGAGAGACAAGGUUCUUGGCACCUGCUGAAACACUCCACACAGCAUCUCAACACAACAGGUCUUAGCACAAACCGCCAUGGAAGCCGCCAUCUGCACCCUUGUCACCCAGUUCAAGGCGUAUGCUGGGAAAGAUGGAUCCGCCAGCACCCUGAGCAAAGAUGAAUUCCAAAACCUGGUGACCUCUCAGCUGCCCAACUAUGUCAAGAACUCCAGCGACGCUGGAGCGAUUGACGCGCUCAUGGGCUCACUGGAUGAAAACAGCGACGGGGAGCUGACUUUCUCCGAAUUCUGGCAGCUGAUUGGAAAACUUGCGAGCAAACAGGGCGGCUUCAGUCAGUAGAGCGUGACUGUGUCCUGUGUCAGUUGUGGCUUAAUUUAACCUGUCCGGCUGUAAACUCAGAGGCAUUUGAAUUCUUCUAUCACUCCAUCGAUGCCACAUGUGUAACUCUUUAGUCAACCAUUCGUUGAAUGCAGGGAACUCUGAAUUAAAGGCUUCUAUGUCCUGAACCCUAAGCCACCAA